UAUGGAUUAAAAUACAAUUCCUUUACCAAAAGAGUAUCCAAUCCCUGAUAAUUUUCACUUAAACAUUAGACAAAGAUUCUUAGAUUUCUUUAAGUAAUAAUUAGGAGAUUAGACAAAAAAUAGUAUAGUAUUUCUAAAAGGAGCAAUAACAAUUGAUAAACAUGAUGAAGGUAAAAGUUUUAGUAAAAUCAAAUUUAGAUUAAUAAUAUAGAGUAGAUUAAGAGAGUAAUUUCAAAUAUUUGUUUGGUUGUGAAUUAUUAGAUUGUUAUGGAAUAUUGGAAGUAGAAUCAGGAAAGGUGACAGUUUUUGUACCUAAAUAUCCUGAUUCAUAUAAAAUGUGGAUGGUUGUUUUUAGUAAUGAAGAAAUUAAAUAAAAAUAUCGAUUGGAUGAUGUAUAAUAUGUUGAUUAAUUGGAAUCAUGGAUUCAAAAAUAUAAACCAUCUCUUAUUUAUAGAUAUCAAGGUAUUGAUUCAGACUCUAAAUUAAUUUCAUCAUAUCCUGAUUUUCCAUAUUUAUCUCAAUAUAAUUUAAAUGAUGAAGAAUUAUAUUGGACUUUGAAUGAGUGUAGAGUUAAAAAAACUGAUUAAGAAAUUGAAAUUCUUAGAUAUGUUGCACUUUUGGCAAGUGAAUCUCAUGAAAAUGUUAUGAGAAAAAUUAGGCCAGGAAAUAAAGAGUAUUAAAUGGAAGCUUUAUUUAAAUAUAAUAAUUUUCUAUAUAGUGGAUGCAGAUUUACACCAUAUGAAUGUAUUUGUGCAUCAGGAACUGGUGGAGCAACAUUACAUUAUGUUGAAAAUGAUAAAACUAUUGAAGAAAAUUAAUUAAUAUUAUCGGAUAUGGGUGCAAGAUAUUAUGGAUAUAAUAGUGAUAUUACAGUCACAUUUCCAAGUGAUGGAAAAUUUGAUGAAAAAUAAUCAAUUAUUUAUAAUGCAGUUCUUGAUGCAUAAAGAUAAGUUCAUGCUUCUUUAAAAGUAGGAGUAAAUUGGGGUGAUAUGCAUCUUUUAGCUGAAAGAGUUAUUACUUAACAUUUAUUAGAUGCUGGUUUACUUGUUGGAACAAUCGAAGAAUUAAUGUAAAAUAGAAUUGGUAAGAUUUUCUUUUGUCAUGGAUUGGGUCAUUUAUUAGGAAUGAGAACACAUGAUGUUGGUGGAUAUAAUAAAGGUUGUCCUCCAAGAAUACCAGGUAUAUUUUUAAUAUUAAAUAUAUAGAGCUUUCUUCAUUAAGAUUUAGAAGAGAUUUAGAAGUUGGUAUGGUAUUUACUAAUGAACCUGGAAUCUAUUUUGUUGAUUUUAUAAUAUAGGAAGCAUUUAAAGAUGAAAUAAAAGCUAGAUUUUUAAAUUAAGAAAAAAUAGCAGAAUUUAUGUAUGUUGGUGGAGUUAGACUAGAAGAUGAUAUUGUUUUAACAGCAAAUGGUCCUGAAAUACUAAAUUUAGUUCCUAGAUCAAUAGCAUAAGUAGAAGCAUGUAUGAGAGGUGAAGAUUGGAAAUAAAUUUAAUGA